AAAGCAUUGGUACGCCAUGCUUGACGGUGAGCGACUUUGGAGACCCGGGCCGUAUCGAGGGGCAGGAGACGUCAUUUGCCAUUAUUAAGUCCAACAGAGUAGCGGCAAUGAUCCCUGUGAUAUCACUGAUACUCCUCACCAUAGCGGCGGUCCUCAGUGUGCUAGGCAACCUCCGGCAGGACAUCAAGACACUCAUCUCCGCUGUCAUCUACAUUCUAGCGGGUCUAAGUCUAGCAGUGGGCCUGAUUCUGUACAUCUCUGUGAUCAAUGAUGAGGUAGGCCACCGAAUGAAAGAAAAGGACAAAGAGGAGGUUUCCUUCAGCUAUACGUACGGAUGGUCGUUCUAUUUCGCCGGAACCGCCUUCCUGUGUGCCAUGCUGUCGGCGGUCAUUCACGUGUCACUCUACCUUCAGAGGAACUCGCGCAAGGAGGAGAUGGUCCGGGUCAUCCCAGGGCUAGACGAACUGCUGGAAAGCGACACGGGCACCGCUAACCCAACCGUCAUCAUCUGACAUAACAAGAUGCCCACCUACCGGUGUCAUAGUACACGCCUAUUUGCAGAUACACCACAUAAAGUUCGUUUACAUUGGUUCGUUAUAAACACAACUAUGACUUGUACCAUAUAUGUUUAAUGUAUCAAUGUCUCUGGCGUCGGUUGACAAUCUCUGAGCAUUGUCUGACGAAACUGGUUUGGCCUGAAUGCAAAGUGAUGAUGCCUUUUCUUUUGAGCAGUCGUUCAUAUCCUUGAAAAGGUCAAUUGAGUGCACGUCUAUAUAUAGACAGGGACUUCGCCAGAAAAGAGGAUACAUCGAAACAAUACCUACAGAACAGUCUUUCAACUUUCAGACAAUUUUCUGAACAAACGCCGAAAAAUUGUUAAGAAUAACUCACAUAUAUAGUCUAGUUAAUAUAUAAUCUCUGACAACGUCUUCUACUUUCUUAACGUGAAUCUCAUGUCGCCAGACAUGUCUUCGCGCAUGCUCAUUCUUUUGACGACACGGUAACGUUCUGACCAUUACGAGGCUGUGACAUACUUACGGCAACCAUGAUGGACGUUAUUUGUCUUUCCAUGUCUAAACUCCUCAAAGGUUACUUGACGUGGUCGGCAUAAUGUACGGGACCAAUUCCAGUAUCAGCGAUAUGUGAUAUGCUAUCGGUUUAGGUUAAUAUGGAUUACUGAACUACAAUCAUGUUGUUUAUUUAUCGGUGUAUAAGCAAGAUUCUGUCGGAUUCCCUCCAUAGUCUGAACGUCCGAUCGAUCGAUAAUUUCUGAUAUUUCUGAUUAUAAAGUGAAAUAUCGGAUUAAUUUUUGUUUUAUUUGAUCGGUUAUUGAUUGCUUUAUUAUCGAUUAAUCGAUCAAGUGGAUGGAUAGCCUGGCAUGGUACCAGUAAAUAAUGCUGGGAGUUGUUUUUACUGUCCUUCCAACGACAUGAUCUACCAAUAAUUUGUCUUACAGGAAAUUUACACGGGGUAUAGUUAACAAGGUUUGUAUACGUUUUGUUUUGUUUCCAAUAAAAAUGUU